AUGAGACAGGAGACUGGAGGAAAGCUCAUGUUCAACAUGUAUCUCCCAGAUCCAGCAGACAAUCUGUUGAAAGACAGCAAAGGAGCAUCAUGGGGCCCCAUCAACGGCGGAGUACAGAAAGGCAGCGGUCAGAUCCAGCUGUGGCAGUUCCUGCUGGAGCUCCUCUCCGACAGCGCCAACAUGUCCUGCAUCGCCUGGGAAGGAACGAACGGCGAGUUCAAGCUCAUCGACCCGGACGAGGUCGCCCGGCGGUGGGGGGAGCGCAAGAGCAAACCCAACAUGAACUACGACAAACUGAGCCGAGCCUUGCGCUAUUACUACGACAAGAACAUCAUGACCAAGGUCCACGGGAAGCGCUACGCUUACAAAUUCGAUUUCCACGGCCUGGCCCAAGUGUGCCAGCCGUCCACCACCGAACAGGCCCUCUACAAGUUCCAGGGAAACUUCUCCCCGAUACCCUUCUCCGGGAUUUCCAAGCUCAACCUGGUGGCUCCCGGAGUCGGCCCGUCCGGGUUCUCCUACUGGCCCGCCUCUCCAUCUGCGGCCCUGUAUCACAGCCACAACCUGCAGCCGCCGGGGGCCUUCGGCGCCGUGUCCCCCUCCCACAUCAGCUGUGUCAACAACAUCACCAACCAUUACACCUGACUGGAGGCCGCCACGUCACGUGGCACGGCGCAAACACCGUUACUGUUUGGCAGUGAAAUGACGCUCCAACUGCGUUGAGGGUUUUUUUUGUUUUGUUUUUGUAACGAAUGUAAUACACCUUCAACGGCUUCAAAUGUAUUUCGUCAACAAUCGACACGACAUUU